AUGGCAUCCACCUCUUCGCUUGGCUCAUCCUCGAGCGCCUCGGCUUCUCAGGCUGCAACAUUUUACAAAGACUUCAACGAGAUUAUCCAAGGUAUGCUUGCUGUUCUUUUGCCUUCACACCAAAAACAGUACAUUGCUCAUCUACCUUUGGUUCGGCAGACCUGACGACACAAACAGAGAGCGUUGCAGACGUGCAAGGUCUCUCUGAAAUCUUGACAAGGGCAAGCUCAGCUCGCGCUGUGCUCCAAGCCAGCACGAGCAUCUUGCCCGCGAGGGAUCAGGAGACUCAUCAGACUGCUCUCAAGAGACUUUUGGAAGGCGUCGAAGCACGAAGAAAGCAUCUGCACGCGGGUCAAGCCUUCUCUAUACCCCCGGAAGCGGAUCACGAUGCGCCAAAGACGGGCGCAAUAGCGGCUACAAACAAAUACAAAGCGAAUGGAGGAUUCGCGUUCAGACGCAAAGCAAAGCCUGCACCUACGACAGGCUCCAUGCUCCAUUCAAAAAGCGCAUCGCCGGAAUCUCACGCGAAUGCUGUUGCGACGCAGCUUACCGACGAGGAUUCAGGAGUUCGGCCAAUGGCCCCCUCAUCGUCAAAAGUGGCCAAGCAGGACGACGAAACUUUGACUUCGCAUCUUCGGGUCUCUUCCAUUCAAGGAAGGCACAUCGCCAUGUCUGAUCUCCGCCUGCAUUCAACGUCCCAUUCCAUUCAAGAGCAGGAAAAGGACUUGCAUCUGCUCGAUCUCACUGAUUGCCUCAUCGAUCUGAGAGCGACAUCAUACGAUCCCGAAGAGCCCCCAAAGAUCACGCAAAGCGCAUUUGCGGCGCUUCAGCUGCGCCGACUUAGCAGGUGCAUCCUUUUGCUCCCACGCAUCAGCGGUGCUGUCAUGCUUCACGAUCUGCACGAUUGCUUCAUUCGCGUCGAAUGCGGUCAGGUGAGUCACAACGCUGCCCUCCGCGGCAGACCGGAGCCUUGUGAUAGGGACCGAAGCUUCGGCGCGAGAGCAGAACCAUGAGCUGAUCCCAUCCCCUCGUUCUUCCAAAUUAGUUCAGGAUGCACACUUCGAGUAACAAUACAAUUCUGCUGCGCCUACAUUCAAGCGCCAGCGUAGCCACCAUUGAGCAAUGCAAAGAUAUCUCGUUCGGGGCGCAAAGCCAGCAAACAGAUGAAGCGGUUUCUACAUUGAUACCUGGCAAAGAGGAGCCCGAAGUGCAGGUGCAAGAUUUCGAUCGACCAUUUGUGCCUAUUGGAAACACGAGCGAGUCCUGGAGCGUCUUGAUGGACCAGAGACGUCGCAAUGCUGAGCGUCUCUCUCGAGAAGUUCCGCCUCAAGAUUAUCGCAGGCGGAAAAAUGCGCCUACGAUCGAUGCCGUCGGCAGCAUUACUGGAGAGGGCGCUAAUGUCGAUGUGCGCUGGUUGAGGAAGGAGCUAGCCUCAAUCCUCCCUCAGCCUCUCACUGAUGCGACUACUCAAGACUGA